GUUACUUUGUGGAGGACGCGUUUAUUUCAUGGCAACCACCUCGUCGGAGAGCAGCACGCCGACUUUGAUCCGGUACCUCUGCUUCCAAAGGUACCCGCCGCGAUGCGUCAAUCUGAAGAGCAGCCACACUUUUCAGGUUGGCUUCACCAUCACAAACGAUCUGCGCGACGAGGUCUUUUUGCCGCUCGAUGAUGACGAAUUGACCAUCCAUGUCGGCCUCGUAGCCGAGGAUGAAAAGGACAUCGAGCGAGUCGGCUCGAUGCCGUGGCUGGGCCCGCAGAGCGCCUACAAGAUGAUGAGCAUAGACUGCGCCUGCCUCUUGGAGGCGAAAAGAGGCAAGAAGCGCCGGCGUGGUGCACCGGCCGCAUUUCGAGUCGUCGCGUGGGUCGACGACCACGACCACGUCUGCGACGUCGACGAGCUCACGAAGCCCGCCGGUGGAUUCCUGGGGCUGAUUUCGGCACCCAUCGACAUCUUCAAUCGCGAGCAAGACGCAAGAGAAGCGGCUCGGGCGAUGCAGUCUAUCCGACGGCUCAGGAUCGAGGAGAACAUCUUUGCCGAGAUAGCCGAAGAGGGCGGCUUUGAGCUCGACAAGCACAUCUGGGACGCCUCGAUCCACCUGUCGAGCUUCCUCGCUCGUCUUCUCCGAUCCCCAGGCUCGUCGCCAUGGCAGAGUCGAUUCGCCAAGGAUCCCCCGCUCGACGUCCUCGAGCUUGGCUCCGGCACAGGCCUCGUCUCCAUCUUCUUUGCCUCGCUGCUUCUUUCCUCGCUCGACGUUGCCCAACAAAAGAGCGCGAGACUUGUCGCAACGGACCUUGACUCUGCCCAGCCGCUCCUGGUCCAAAACAUCAGCGCAAACAAGCACCUCUACCCGCGUAUCCACAUCGAGUCCGCUCCGUGCGACUGGACCGAGCCCUUUGCGCCUCUGCAUCGCCCGGACCUCGUCCUCGUGUCCGACUGCACGUACAAUCCCAGCUACUUUGCAGACCUCUGUCGGACGAUUGCAUCGGCUCUGCGCGCACCGCCUCCUCGCGACGUCGGCGACGCAGCGCGGGAUUCCUUCUGCCUUCUCGCAAAGAAGCACCGGCACGCAGAUGAAGAGGCACUCUGGGAACAUCUGCGCGACGCGCUCCUCACCUACGAACUCGUCGCCGGCUCAGCCACCGAUGACUGGGGGAUAUGGCUCGUCAAGCCGACCGAAGAAGCAAGUGGCAGCUGUUGAUUGUAGCGAUAGACAAGUAAAUAGUACAAGUAAUGAU